AUGAAGGAAUUGGACAGCCAUUCUCGGUCGGGACAAGGCUAUCUGCUCGGUCUUCGAGGGUUCCUAGUCAUUCGAUACUUUCUUUGGGUGUUCCUGCAGACAUUCGUGCCAGUAGCCGUCAAAGACUCCGCCAAUUCCCUAGGGUCAACCUAUGAAAGGGUUCUUCGCCAGGCUCUGUCGGUCCUGAUCUGGAACGAUUCCUUGAUCUACUCAUCGCUUAAUCUCCUCGCGGCACGGACAAUCUGCAUACCGUACCUGGGAAACUAG